AUGCCUCUGGUCUGGUCGGUACCAGAAGCACUGGUUACCGCUGAGCUUGCAACUUGCUUCCCGAGCAAUGCUGGCUUCGUGGAGUGGGUGACUGCCGCUUUUGGCCCGUUUUGGGGCUUUGUGGAGGGCUUCCUGUCUUGGCUCAGCGCAGUGGCCGACGCCUCCCUGUAUCCAGUGCUUUUUUUGGACUAUUUGGUGACAGUUUGGCCUGAGAUUGGAUCUGGCAUUGCGGGGUUCGUUCUGUCCCCAUUCGCCUUCAUGGUUGUGGUCGGUGCACCGAAGAUUCAACCGUCCAAGCUACUGAUCUCUCCUCCGGCUUCAGAGGUCGACUGGUCAGGCUUUCUGCCGCCUGGCAGAACCUUCGGUGCAUCAAACCGAUUCUUAGGUGAAGUGCAAGAUGCGGAGAGAGCGUACCCAAAGGCUCUGGCUCUGGCUUUGAUCGCCGUGGUACUCUCGUUGAUCGGCCUUGGCAUCCCUGGGCCAACGGCGGAUUGGAAGAACUGGCAGUCAGGGGAGCUGGCUGUGGUGGGCGGUCAAUUGGGUGGCCCGUUCGUUAAGUCAUGGGUCAUUGCUGGUGCAGCUGUCAGCUGUCUCGCACAACAAUUGUCGGAAAUGGCAGAGGGUGCUUUUCAGCUCCAAGGCAUGGCAGAAGAUGGAUGGUUGCCGAGCUGCUUUGGACACCGAUCCCGGUUCGACACUCCCUCUGUUGGCCUGUUCUUGAUUGCAAUCCUGGUUUUGGUGCUGAGCUCUUCCUCAAGUUUCAGCGCGAUUGUCAAUGUGCUCAACGCCGUCUAUUGCCUUGCGCAGGUACUGGAGUUUUCCGCAUUUCUGCACCUUAGAAGAAGACACAACGACAUGGAACGCCCCUUCCGUGUUCCGUUCUCUUUUCAGGUGUGCUGCCUCAUGCUGGCGCUCCCUCUGGCUUUCUGCUUCGUUCUAUUGAUUCUGCCCUUCUUCGCCGGAGACUGGCUGCAGGUUGGCGCUAUUGGUGGUUCAGUCGCGAUGGCCGUCCUUCUUCACUGUUGUUUGGAAUUCUGCCGUCGACAUGGCUGGUUGCACUUUCGGAGGCAACCCCCCCGUGGACUUGAAGACAUCCUCGCAGCUCAAGCCUCGCAUUUCGCCAGCACAGCCUCGGAAAGCCCACAGCACGGAUCUGAGACCUUUGGUCAGUCCGAUCUUCAGAUGCUGUCGCAGACUCUGACAUCGCUGGCUCAGGCACAUGGGGCCCAUUCCUUUCAUGUGGUUCUUGCUAUGGAGGCACGCGAAGGACCGGCAGGAUUGGAGAAGGCCGCGCAGCUCUCCCGGGGUUUCUCCAAGUAUUUUUCUACGCUUCGAAGCACCAGUCAUCCCUCCAAUCUGCGAGAGGAGCACGCAGAUGGCUCAUGGGAUCCAGAAGUUCCUGGGAAGGCUUCGAAUGUGAAGUGGGCGGUUCGGGAGGCUCACAGAGAGCUUCUCAAGGAGUCCGUGGAUCCUGCUUCAGUGAUCCUCACAGUUGCGGAUGCAGAUGUCGUUUUCCAUCCAAGAUAUUUCAGCCACUUGACGAGGGACUUCGGCGCUGUUCGCGAGCAUGGAGGUGGCUGGCACGAGUGGACGAUUUGGCAAGCACCACAGCUGCCAUUUCGGAAUUACUAUGCGUCGCCGGCUUGUUCCAGGGUGUGGGCCUAUGUUGCGUCUAUUUGGGAAUGUGGUGGGGUUGCAGGCCUCAGCUUCGGGAGCGAGCAUUUUGCCUUUAGCACCUACUCGCUGCCGCUGCUCCUGGCAGUGGAGGCGGAAGCCCACGAGGGAGAUGUGAUUGCGGAGGACAGUUGA